AUGCCUUCAAUCGUGCCAAUCCCCGACUCCCCCAUACGAGAUGAUUCAUCAGGCGUGAUAAAGCUCACAAACUGCCUCCUCGUAAAAAACAACGCCCUAGUCCCCCAAGAUCUCUGGAUCAGUUCCGCCACCGGAAAGAUCCUAAACGGCCAAGAAAUCCUGUACUCAUAUCGUGCCGCUCCAGAGCAAAUCGUCGACUUAGGCGGCCGCAUCCUCUCCCCCGGCCUCAUCGACACGCAACUAAACGGCGCCUACGGCUUCGACUUCUCCGUAAUCCCCUCAGAGCGCGAAGGCGGCGCAUCAGCCUACGCCAAAGGCGUCUCGCGUGUAAACCGGAGUUUGGUAGCAACAGGCGUAACAUCCUACCUACCAACCCUGACCUCCCAACUCCCCUCAGUCUACCAAACCGCACUUCCCUUCCUAGGCCCCUCAGGCACAACGCGCGACGCAUCCCUAGGAUCAGAAUCCCUCGGCGCCCACUGCGAAGGCCCGUUCCUCUCCCCCACAAAAAACGGCAUCCACAACACCUCCGUCCUACGCACCCCUGGGGUAGACAACUCCAUCAGCAGCCUAGAAUCCUGCUACGGGGCCUCGAACCUCACAUCCCCCUCACCCAUCUCCCUAAUCACCCUCGCCCCCGAACUCCCCGGCGCACUAUCAAGCAUCCCAUCCCUAACCUCCCACGGGAUCCGCGUCUCAAUCGGACACUCAGAAGCCACGUACGAAGAAGCCAAAUCCGCAAUAAAAGCAGGAUGUAGUAUGAUAACGCACCUCUUCAACGCCAUGCGUCCCCUCCACCACCGUAACCCAGGUAUCUUCGGUCUGCUGGGCACACCCUCCUCCUCAAUCACCAAACCAUACUUUGGUAUUAUCGCUGAUGGCAUACACCUACACCCCACGUCUAUAAAGAUAGCGUGGAAUGCGCAUCCAGAUGGGCUGGUGCUGGUGACGGAUGCGAUGAGGUUGGCUGGUAUGCCGGAUGGGACGUAUGAGUGGACGAACGGGUCGAAGAUUAUUAAACAAGGCGCCCUUCUCACGCUUGAGGAGAAUGUAACUUUUUGA